GUGGCUCCACGGGCAGGCGGGCGACAGUGCCCUUGGUCCCCCAGGAUGGCCCCCUCCGCCUGGGCUGUCUGCUGCCUCCUGGGGCGCCUCCUGCUCUGCGGGGGCAGCCCCGGCCCCAGCACGCCCCGCCUGCGGCUCUCCUACCGAGAUCUCCUGUCUGCCAAUCGCUCUGCCAUCUUUCUGGGCCCCCGGGGCUCCCUGGACCUUCGGGCCAUGUACCUGGAUGAGUACCGGGACCGCCUCUUUCUGGGGGGCCGCGACGCCCUCUACUCUCUGCGGCUGGACCAGACAUGGCCAGACCCCCGGGAGGUUCUGUGGCCUCCGCAGCCAGGACAGAGAGAGGAGUGUGUCGGAAAAGGAAGGGAUCCCUUGACGGAGUGUGCCAACUUUGUGCGGGUGCUGAAGCCCCACAACCGGACUCACCUGCUGGCAUGUGGCACAGGGGCCUUCCACCCGAUCUGCGCCCUCAUCACAGUCGGGCACCGUGGGGAGCACAUGCUCCACCUGGACCCCAGCACCGUGCAAGGUGGGCGGGGCCGGUGCCCACACGAGCCCAGCUGGCCCUUUGCCAGCACCUUUGUAGGCGGAGAGCUGUAUACCGGCCUCACCGCCGACUUCUUGGGGCGUGAGGCCAUGAUCUUCCGAAGUGGGGGUUCCCGGCCAGCCCUGCGUUCUGACUCUGACCAGAGCCUCCUGCAUGACCCCAGGUUUGUGGCAGCUGCGCCGAUCCCCGACAACUCUGACCAGGACAAUGAUAAGGUGUACUUCUUCUUCUCGGAGACUGUCCCCUCACCCGAUGGUGGCCCAGGACAUGUCAUCGUCAGCUGCGUGGGCCGAGUCUGCGUGAACGACGCCGGCGGGCAGCGGGUGCUGGUGAACAAGUGGAGCACUUUCCUCAAGGCCCGGCUGGUCUGCUCUGUGCCCGGCCCCGGGGGUGCUGAGACCCACUUCCACCAGCUGGAGGACGUGUUCCUACUCUGGCCCAAGGCAGGGAAGAGCCCAGAGGUAUACGCGCUGUUCAGCACGGUCAGCGCUGUGUUCCAGGGCUUCGCCAUCUGCGUGUACCACAUGGCUGACAUCUGGGAGGUCUUCAACGGGCCCUUUGCCCACCAGGAUGGUCCCCAGCACCAGUGGGGGCCCUACCAGGGCAAGGUGCCCUUUCCCCGCCCAGGCGCAUGCCCCAGCAAGAUGACGGCGCAACCAGGACGGCCCUUUGGCAGCACCAAGGACUACCCUGACGAGGUGCUGCAGUUUGCCCGAGCCCACCCCCUCAUGUUCCAGCCCGUGAGGCCUCGGCAGGGCCGCCCUGUCCUUGUUAAGACCCACCUGGCCCAGCAGCUGCACCAGAUUGCAGUGGACCGAGUGGAGGCGGAGGACGGGACCUACGACGUCAUCUUCCUGGGCACCGACUCAGGCUCAGUGCUCAAGGUCAUUGCCCUCCAGGCGGGGGGCUCAAGCGAGCCCGAGGAAGUGGUGCUGGAGGAGCUCCAGGUGUUUAAGGUGCCAACACCCAUCACUGAGAUGGAGAUCUCUGUCAAAAGGCAAAUGCUGUAUGUGGGAUCGAGGCUGGGCGUGGCUCGGCUGAGGCUGCACCAGUGUGAGACCUAUGGCAGUGCCUGCGCCGAAUGCUGCCUGGCCCGGGACCCCUACUGUGCUUGGGACGGCGCCUCCUGCACCCGCUACCAGCCCGGCACAGGCAAGCGCCGGUCCCGCCGGCAGGACAUCCGGCAUGGCAACCCUGCCCUGCAGUGCCUGGGCCAGGGACCGGAAGAAGAAGCUGCAGGGCAAGUGGCGGCCACUCCGGUCUACGGCACAGAGCACAACAGCACCUUCCUGGAGUGUCAGCCCAAGUCUCCCCAGGCUGCUGUGCGCUGGUUCUUGCAGAGACCGGGGGACCAGGGGCCUGAUCAGGUGAAGACAGACGAGCGAAUCCUGCAGACAGAGCAGGGGCUGCUGUUCCGUAGGCUCAGCCGCCUGGAUGCAGGCACCUACUCCUGCACCACGCUGGAGCACGGCUUCUCCCAGACAGUGGUCCGCCUGGCUCUGGAGGUGAUUACGGCCGCACAGCUGCCCAGCCUGUUCCCUCGGGAGCCGCGGCCAGAGGAGCCCCCAGUGUGGGGUGGCCUGGCCCCCGCUCUACCCAAGGCCUGGUACAAGGACAUCCUGCAGCUCAUUGGCUUUGCCAACCUACCCCUCGUGGAUGAGUACUGUGAGCGCGUGUGGUGCCGGGGAAGCGGGGAGCGCUUGGGUGCCUCUCGGAGCCGGGGCAAGCCAGCCAAGGGCAAGAGCUGGGCAGGGCUGGAGCUGGGCAAGAAGGUGAAGAGCUGGGCACAGGCCGAGCGCAACCGGACACCCCGGGAGGUGGAGGCCACGUAGAGGAGGGAAGGGAGGGGUGGCCGAGGUAGGGGUGGCAGCAGCCCCCAGCAUCUCCCACCCACCCAGCUGGGGCAGAGGGGCCCGGCCCCCUGACUGCCUCUUAGAGAUUGGAGUCUUUCCCCCUAGCCCCCAUCAGCAGCGCACAGAAAAGACUGGGGGCCUGAGGGAGGGGCCCUGUGUUUGAAGCCUGUUCCCUGCCCCCUCUGCACUUUCUGUCCCAGGCCGACUGAGCCAGCACCCUCUGGCUGCUGGCAGUCCCAAGGGACCUGCCAUUUGUUCUCAGAGAUGGCCUGGCUUCCGGAGCACAUUUCCGGUCGUGCCCAGAGGUGAGAGGGCUGGGUGGUUCUUUCCCAGCCUGGAGAACAAUGGCCAUUCUGAGUGACCCUCAGAGUGGGCAAGUGGGUGCAUCUGAGGAGGAGUACGGGAGGAACCCACAGGCAGCCAGAAGAGGGUAAAAGUGGCCUCCAAGCCAGCACCUGUGAAGAAGGGCCUGACUGAGGUGGGGUCCCAUCUGGGAGAAGGGCCACUAGGAAGAGAAAAUGGAGGUGCUGAGAAGGUGGAGCAGCGAGACCCUUCCUUUUGUGCCGCGAUAUCUUGGUGGUCCCCUGCCACUGCCCAUUGCCUCUUCCCCAUCUCAGAAUCACAAAAGUAUAGGCUCCUGGGACCUGGGGAGGGGAUCUUACAGCCUGACUUCCUCCCCAGGCCCUGAGCUACCGGGCCAGGUUUGCAGAGGCCCCACACCUCCUGACAGGACUCCCCCAACCUACCAGAGACUCCCUAGGGUUACCAUGUACGAUGAUGAGCAGGGGAGGGUGGGUGCUGGGACAAUGUCCUCCCCCACCUAGACAAGAGGGGAGCUGGGAAAAUGUCUUUCCCAAGGCAAUGCAGGUACCUGGAGAAGGUGGGACAUGGAGCCACUGCAAGAUGUGGCUAGUGUCAACACCAGGGGUGAGGGCCUUGUCCAAGGCCACAGAGGACUGAGAGGUCCUUGAAAUGGAGAGAGGGUGAGAGACCCUUAGGAUGGGCUAGGAGACCCAAGAGGAGGUAUCCUCAGGACUCAAGAUGGCACCAGAUAACUCAGGAGCCCCCAGGGAGAUGUUUGCUGCCCUGGAAUCUCAGGUUUCUGCUAAGGAUUGGGCAUGGAUGGUUCAUUUACGAAGACUUUUACUGGGAAAAAAUGCAGAAAAAAAGCUGCUAAGAACUGUAAGUCCUGCUGGUUGUCGGGGAGAGGCUUGGCUCUGGGUCAUAUUCUGCCUGGGGUGGAGGGGAGGUGUUUUUGCCAUCAGGAGUCCUGCAUCUGCAGGGCAGGGAGUACGGGAGGAGGAAGACUAAUGAAAAGUCGUUCCCAGCCUGCAUAUGAACAAGUUAAUGACGCACAAAACCAACGGGAGGGAGACAAGGGCAUCGUGUUUGAGAUUCCCUCCAUGAAAAAAAGCCAAGAUCAAGAAAGGUGGUGGGUUGGGGGGGGGGUGGGGGGGGAGAUUAAAAAAGCAAGACAGGGCUUCCUGCCCAAGUGAAACUCAAACCCAGGCUGCCUCUGUCUUGGGUUUUAUCUCCCCCUCCCCCCAGAAUCUGAAAUAGCCCCUUCUCCCCUUUGAUUGUGGUGUUGUCGUUAUUGGGUGCACCUCGCAGUGACAGAGUAGAAGUGCCCUAUAGGGUUUUCUAGGCUAUAAUCUUUGUGGAAGCAGAUGGCCAGGUCUUUCUCCGGUGGAGCGUCUGGGUGAGUUCAAACUACCAACCUCCCCUUUGAUUGUACAACAGUGAACCAGAAGCACUGAGGUUAACCUGGCAACACUCUAGAAUCCUUCCUGCCUGAGCUGAUGUCAACAGGUGAAAGUAUGCAGGAGAAGUGUGUGUGUGGGGCGGGAGGAGGGUAGAAGGAAGGAGGGAGGGGGAGAUAGGGCCAGGGAAGAGGGGGAGGAGAGAGAGCUUGAAGAGCCCAGGAAAGACUGUCAAAGUUCAGCCAGCUCCAUCCUUGAACCCAGAGAAGCCAGAAGAAAUAGCCAGGCCUUCAGCGACCUCUAGGCCCAGGCUUGGCAGGCAGGCUCCCUUCAAGCAGGGUCAUCUGGGAAAACUGUCCUGGAAGAUGGAGGGAGAGAAGGGGCACAAGACUCUCAAGGAUGACUACCUGCACUUAGAAAAAUAUGGACACCUUCUACCCUCCUGCUUCCGUGGUACUGUGUGUGAUUCACUCCUGGAGAUGCGUUCGGUGUGCGAAUAUAUGUGAAUUCUAUUUUUGUAUUCAUAUGUGCAGCUGGGCCUUGUGGUUUCUCUGUCUUCAUCGAACUCUUUUUGUAAUAGCGAUGGUUAUUUUUAUUGUCAUGACCACCCCUGCCUCCCCUCUGCUGAGGGAAACACAGAGGUCUCCCGUGCAGGAGGUACACAGAAAGGGAGGAAGUGAAUGAACGUUUACACCAACAUAAUUAUAUCUUUAUCGUAUCUGUACUAAAUUGACUGAUGCCAUCUUCAUGGGUUGGCAAUGAAGACCCCUCCCAUUCAUCCCAGGAGGGAGAAGGCCACCCGGGGUGGUAUUUUCUAGAAGGGAGGGAGGUGAGUUCAGGAAGGCAGGAGUCAGAGGGCUUUGUCUACGAAGCUGAGAUUGCUCAUUAAAUUAGGAAAACCUGGCCCUGCGGGCUUGUGAGAUUGACCUUGGAACUUGAGGAGGAUCUUGAGCCGGAAAAAAAGAAAGUGCUGGCAGAGGCCGGCUAAGCACAUAGGCAGCUCUGCUCCUUUUUUGCAAUAACAACACUCAAGAUUUGUAAUUGCAACACUUAGCCUGGUGUGCGCUUCAUCUCAAGCCACAUACCAACGUAUAUUAAAGCCAUUGUGCUUGUUUGGGGGCUGGCCCUGCUGUGGGGGCUGCAGCUUCUGGGGAGGAGGGGAGGCCUGAGUCUGGCUUAGUGGGCACUCUGAGGAAGGCCCCCUGACCAGGCUCCCAUCCCCAGUGCCAUUAUGGGGCUGCCCAAAGAGCAGCCCCAGGGGUGCUCAAGGGAGGUGGGAGGAAGGCAGAGAUGGGAGGGGCAGCACUCUCAGCUCCCCAGGGAGAUGCCCUGGACUUCUUGCUUAGAUGAGUUCCUCAACCCAUGCUAUAGACUAGGAGGCUUACAGUCCUGUCCUGCAGCCUUGGCUGUGGGGCAGGGCCCCUCCUUUUGCCUUCUGCCCCCUCCACAAACACCCUGGUCUGAGGGAACCUGAAACCCGUUACCCUGUGCCAAGCCCCCAUCACCACUGACUGACUGAGCCACUUUCUGGGAGCACCCAUUUGGUGCAGAGUGCUGGGCUGCGAGGGACGUGUGCACGUGGCCUUCUCCCCAACCCCAGUGCUGCCCUGCUGCUCCCCCUGGGUCUGCACGGCCUCCCCUCCCAGUGCCCAGGUCACCCACAUCCUGAAGACCUCCCCUGGCCUAGACUUCUCUCUGGGCCCCGCCUCCCAUCUUGAGCUCUAUUUCCUGCCUCAGGGAUUUCACCCUCUCUCCACCACUCACCUCCUCUUGCAGCCCUUUUUCCUUUAAGUCUUAUAUUUCUCUGCUUUUCUGGCCUCUGUCUUGUGAUUUCCCAAACCGUUAUAGAGUUGAAAAUGGGCUUAGGGAAAGGGGCCAGUAGAGUGUUUCCCAAAAUGGC